CUCGUGCCGUUGCCCCAGCCCAGAGGCGACGCUUGCCCGGCUGCUCGGCGCCAUGUCCCACCAGACCGGCAUCCAAGCUAGCGAAGAUGUCAAAGAGACUUUUGCAAGAGCCCGGAAUGGACAAUACAGAUUAUUAAAAAUAGUUAUUGAAAAUGAACAGCUUAUUGUGGGAUCUGCUAAACAACCUGGUGAAUCCUGGGAAAAGGACUACGAUUCCUUUGUUCUCCCACUCCUUGAAGACAAGCAGCCGUGUUAUAUAUUGUACAGACUAGAUUCCCAAAAUGCCCAAGGAUAUGAAUGGAUCUUUAUUGCCUGGUCCCCAGAUCAUUCUCCUGUUCGUCAAAAAAUGUUGUAUGCAGCUACUCGAGCUACUUUGAAGAAAGAAUUUGGAGGCGGACAUAUUAAAGAUGAAGUGUUUGGAACAAACAAGGAUGAUGUUUCUUUGAAUGGAUACCAAAAGUACUUGGUAACUCAGUCUUCCCCUGCCCCUCUGACUGCAGCAGAAGAAGAACUUCGACAAAUCAAAAUUAAUGAGGUACAAACUGAAGUCAGUGUUGAUACAAAGCAUCAGACUCUACAAGGUGUAGCAUUUCCAAUAGCAAAAGAAGCCCUCCAAGCGCUGGAAGAAUUGAAAAAUAAACAGCUAAACUAUGUGCAGUUGCAAAUUGAUAUGAAAAACGAAAUGAUUGUCCUGGCUAGCACUCUCUCAACGGAACUGAAAGACUUACCGAAAAGGAUUCCAAAGGAUUCUGCACGGUACCAUUUUUUCCUCUACAAACAUUCCCAUGAAGGAGACCACUUGGAAUCGAUAGUUUUUAUCUACUCUAUGCCUGGCUAUAUGUGUAGUAUACGAGAGCGGAUGUUAUAUUCUAGCUGCAAGAGCCCUCUCCUAGACAUUGCAGAAAGACAGCUGUGGAUGCAGAUCAUCCGAAAGAUCGAAAUAGAUGACGGAGAUGAGUUAACUGCUGACUUCCUUUAUGAAGAAGUCCAUCCUAAACAACAUGCGCACAAACAGAGUUUUGCUAAACCGAAAGGACCUGCAGGAAAAAGGGGAAUCCGAAGGUUGAUCAGGGGCCCAGCUGAAAGCGAAACACCUACUGACUAAAUUCAGCAAGUACACCGGGAACAAAAACAUUC